CCACAGCCACCAUGAACAGCAAAGGUCAAUAUCCAACAAAGCCAGCCUACCCUGAGCCUCCUGGGAAUCCUGUGUACCCUCAGACUUUGCCUCUUCCUCAGGCUCCACCCUACAGUGAUGCUCCACCUGCCUACUCAGAGCUCUUUUGUCCAAGUUCUGUACACUCAGGAGCUUCCACAGUCCCCAUCAUGUCAGCUGCACUUCCUGGCUCUUCACUUCCCCUGGCUUAUUAUCCAGUUAGUCCCAUCUUCCCACCUGGUUCAGCAGUACUGGGGGAAGGAGGGUAUGAUGUGGGUACUAGAUUUGGAACUGGUGCUACUGCUGGCAGCUUUCCUCCCCCUCCCCCUGGAUGCCCUCCCAAUGCUGCUCAGCUGGCAGUCCUGUAG